AUGGUAAUAACUAAUAAUGAUAAAAAAGUUCAAGAAACAAAUAAAAAGGAAAAAUUUAAAUAACAAUUAUAAAAUUUAAUAAGAAAUUUAAAAAUAACUUUUGAUAAUUUUUUUUUUUCAUUUAAAAGUGACAAUUUUACAGCUCGCUUUUUACAAAUUGCAUCCAUUUUUAUUGUCUAAAGAUAUCCUUCAUUUUUUUCUUUAUAUAUUAUUUUAUGGAUUAUCUUUUGUGGGUUUACUAUUUAAAGUAAGUGGGUUAAAAUUAGCUCUCUUUUUAUAUCUGUCCCUGGAAUUAUUUUAAAUUAUGUAAUGUUAAUUUGGAAUUAUGUUUUUAUUUCGAAAGAUCAAGAUUUUAAAAGUCAUUUAUGGAUUGAUAUUAUUGCUCUAAAUAUUAUUUUGAUGCUUUUUCUUUAUUUUUCUAAAGGAGUUUUGUUCUAGAAUCCAUAACAAUAAGCAUCUGUUUUUGGAGAAUAUAAUAAUAAAUUAGACUAUAAUGGAGAAGAUGAUGAUAAAAAUUAAGACGAAGAUCAAAAAGUAAGCUAUUGGCAAAUAUUCUAAGCAUUUUUUUUAAAAAAUGCUUAUUUGUUUUCACUUUUUAUGAUAUAUUGGAUUGGAUUUUAUGAUAUUAAUUUCAUACAUUUAGGUUUUACUGCGAUUUUCCUUAUUUUUUUUGCAAAUAAUAGUACAUAUAUUAAAAAUAAUAAAUAAAAGAAUUAAUAAAUAUAAGAAUCUUUUCUUGUAAAGAAAAUUAAGUUUGGAAGGAAAUAUUGGAUUUUUGUAGUUAUUUAUGUUGAUAUUUAUAUCAUUUUAAAAUAUUUUAUUUAUUUAAUUAUUGAUAAAUUAGAUAGAGAUACUAUUUAAUUACUUAAUAUGAUUGGAUUAGUUUGUGAUUAUGAAUUUUCUAUUCAUUUCGGAUUAACAAAAGAUGAUUUUGCAAAUAUUUCAAUUAUUUGGAUGUUAUUUCUGUUUGUAAUUUUUUAAUAUAAUUCUUAUAAAAGUAGUAUUUAUUUAAAAUAUUCGAGUAGGAUUGUAUAAUUAUUUGCUAAAAAAAAACUGAUUUAAUAAUUAUUUCCUAAUUUUCUUUAACUUAUUUAAACGUAUUUUUUAAUAUAUAUAUAAAAAAACCAAAAAUUAAAAAAAAGACUACAUAUGUUCUUUUAUACUUUAUUAGUUUGGCUUUCUUUUAUUAUUAUAAUGUGUUUUCUUAUCUUAGAUGAAUUUUCUUUAAUUAAUCUUUAUUUAAUUACUUUUAUUAUAUCAUUAAUUAUUUAUUAUGUUAUAAAAUCAACCAACUUUUAACUUAAUUAUGUAUUUUAUUCUCGUCUUUGGUAUUUCUUUACUACAGUAAAAAAUAAAAAAAAUAAAAAAUAAAAAAAAUAAAAAAAGAGUUUAAUAAUUGUACAAUUCAUUCGUUAUUUUUUCUAAUUAACUGGUUUAGAAUAUAUAAAAAAUCAUAUAAUAAAUUAAGAAAAUGAAUAUUUUAAGCUUUUUUAGAAAUAUCGAGUACUUUAUGGUUUAUUUGAAGAUUUUAAAAAUAAAAAUUUACGAUCAAAAUUCAUAUCUGAUAUAAUAAUAUUAUUAUUUUCUGUUCUUUCCUAAGAUUACUUUCGCAUAGUAACAGAAGGAUAUAAAUUAAACAAAAAAAAAGAAAAUUAAAUAUAAACAAGCUAAUAAUAAACGACAAAUUCAAGAAGGCCUUUUCAAUAAUUAAAAAAUCACAAAAUACUUAGGAGCAUUAUAAAUUUAAUUUCAAAAUUUUUUACUGACUUUUUAUGUUUGAUAGUUCUUAUUUUUGCUGUUUAGUUUAAAAUUUCGAUUUCAAUGCUUCUUUUUUUGCUUAUUUAUAUGCUUUUUUACCACAAAACACAUUCAGCAGCUUUACAACACAUAGAAAAUAAUAAACUAUAUGAUAAAAUAUCCAAAAGAAUGAUUUAUUAUAAAAGCAUGUUCAUGAAUAUUAAUUCAGAUGUAUAAUAAUAAAGAAUUGAUAAUAUUUUAAAUACAGCACAAAAAGAAAAUAAAGAACUUCAUUAAUAAAUUAACAGUUUUGAAUUUGUAAAUUUACAAACUAAAGUAAUAAUCAAAAAUAAAGUUUGGAUAUAUUCGUUUGUAGGAAGUAUUGUAUGUAUAGCAAUUACUUAUUUAUCUUCUUCUUUAUUAACUAAUGUUGCUAAUGAAAACUUUCCGAAUGCAUCUCUGUGGAUUUAGUGGGUUUUAUUUAUUUUUGGAUUGUAAAUUACAGAAUUUAAUGAUGUUAACAAUACCUUUAGAAAUAUUUAUUUUUAUGUUUUAAUAUUUUGGUUAAAUAUUGCAGAUCUUAAGUGCUUAAAUUUUCUUGAAGAAAAACUUCUUAAUAAAGAUCAAAAUGAAGGAACUGAAUUUUUGGAAUUAUAAUAAAUAGAUAAAUAAAAAGAAAAUAUUAAAUUUAUAAAUGAAUACAAUUUUGUUAUUUCUAAUGAUUUCAAUUAGAUUUUAAAUGAUAUGAAUUUUAAUUAUUUUUAACUUAAAUAAGAAAAAAAACAAAGGCUAAAACCUGUUAAUGAAGCCAAGAAAACUACUUUAACAGCAACUCAUGUAUGUAUAUAUUAAAUAUAAAUUUAAAAAGAAAGUAUUUUUUUGUUUUUUUAGGAAAAUGAAAUUAAAAUAAAUAUUUUAAAAUAUUAUAAAACAAAAUAAUCAUAUAUUACUAUGAGAUUUAUGUUCUCGACAUUAUUUUUAAUCUAAAAAUAUUUGUUUUAAUUUUAUUAUUUAAUUCUAAUGAACAUUCAAAUAUUUUUAGUUGGAUUUAUCUUUUUGCUGCUGCAUACUUUUGGAUUGGCUCUAAAAAAUCUUCAACUGUAAAAAUAUUUUUAAAAUAAAAUAAAAGUUAUUUUAAAAAAGGUAAAAACAUUAAAUACUUGGUCUAUCUAUCUUGUUAUUAUAUAAUAUUUAUUCUUGCUAAUGAACUUAAAUGAUAAUACUUCACUUAUUAAAAUCCCAGAAAAAUUAUAAAAAUUAAGUGGAAUGAGUAUAAUAAAUAUUUAUAUUAAUAAUUACAAAUUGGAAAAUUAUUUAGCAUUUAGCAGUAUUGGAGGAAGUGUUUUUAUAUUAAAUGCAACUAUUAUAUUUUUAAUAGAAGCUUAUUUCAAUUAUUUUAUAUAAAUAGCUUAGUUUAUUAUUAAAAAAGUAAAUAAAAGAAUGAUAAAAUAAAAAAAGUAAGAAUUUGUAUAUUACAAAAUUUUCAUAAAUUAUAAAAAAUGGAAAAAUGUAAUUUACUAAAUGCAUUAAUCUAUUUAUGAAGGAAUUUUAGUUAAUUUUCAUUUAUUAACGCUUAUAAUUUGCUUAUUUAUAUGUUGUUCAAGUUUUCAUGUAUUUAAUUUAAUAAUGUUCAUGGUUUGCUUAGGUUAUUUUUUAUACUUUGAAUUUUUUAUAGAUUGGCCUUUAAGUUUAGAACAAAGGGAAAGUAUUUUAUACUUUUUUAAAAUUUUAAGAAUAUAUACAUUUAUAAUAUUGAUAAUUUUCACUAUAUUAAAAAUUCCUUAUAUUGAUGAUUAUUUUUUGAUUAAAGCAAAAGUAGAAGAUUUUAAUUACAUUAAUAAAUAUAUAUAUUUUAUAAGAAAUUAAGUAAUGUUAUUUAAAAUAAGUGAAAUAAUUUUCAUGCUUUUUUUUAUUUAAAUUGUUUUCGAUAUGCUUUAUUCCUCUGAUUAUGAAGAAUUAUUACCUGUUUAUAGCAAAAAAUAAAUAUUUAAAUCUAAAUUGAUUUGUAAAUGUAUAGCAUAUAGAUUUAAUAACUAAAAAUUCAAAGCAAUUGAAUAAAAUUUAUAGAAUGUAAAAUAAAAAGUAAACAAUUAUAAAUAAAAAAUAAAAAAUAGAAUAUAGAAUUAAUAAAAAUGUACAAUAAAUGAAUAAUCUAUAUAAAAGUAAUAAGUUUUAUAAAAAUAAAAAUAAAGAAAUGCUGCAAUAUUCCAAGAAUAGAUUACCUUGUUUGAUACAGGAAUAAAUAACAAAUAAGAAGAAAAUAUUAAAAAAAUAUCUUUUACAAGAAAUAUUUGGUUAACUUUAAUUACUUUUUUUAAAAAAUAUAAUAAUGAUUUUUUGUUUUAAGAUGAACUUAAUUUAAUGAAUUUUAUUAUAUAAAAUAAUCCAUAUUUAGUAGAAUGUAUAAAAAUAGAUAUAAAUUCAUUAAUAUAAAAUGACUUCGAAAAUUUAGAGGUAGUAUUAUCUUUUUUAGAUUAAUUAUUUGACAAAAUUUACAAUUAAAUAAGGCUUAACUCUUCUACAGAAGUUCUUAAAGGCCCUAAAUUGAAGAAAUAUUUAUAAAUGUAGACUGCUAAAUCUCCAUAAUUAUAUUUAUUAUUUUAAAUAAUUUAAAAUAAUAAUUCCAUGUCUGAAGAAGAUAUUGCUUAAUAUAAAUAAAGUUCUAAAAUAUACCAAAAUUUGGAAGGCAUAAAACUUUAAGAUGAAAGAUUCGAUUUCUUUAAUGUUAACAAGUAAAAAAAUUAAAAUAAAAUUAAAAUAAAAUAAAUAUUUUAAUAAAAGUGA